AUGGCCAGGCGGUUCCUCACGCCGGACACCACCACGCCGGCGGCGGACGGCGGCAACGGCGCCGCCGCCCCUCCCGCGUCUCACGUCGUACAGUGGCACCUGCAUGGGGCGGCCGCGAAGGUCGCCAUCGCGGGCAACGUCGUCGUCGCGGUGCUCUUUUUCGCCGCCGUCAUCUGGCGCGUCUUCUUCACGGGGACAGCCCAGGAAGGCGCCGCCGUCUCUCCGCAGGUGGAGGGCGCAUCGGCACACGGUGCCGCGGAGGGGGCAUUAUUCUCAUCGUCGGCUAGCAGGAGCAGCACGCCGCCGGCGUGCGCGUCACCGCGGUCGGGUGGCCUUGGCGAGGCCGACCUCCUGGCGCUGCCGGUGUACGUGCACGGCUCCUCCGCUGAUGAGGCUCAUCAUCAGGUGGGCGGCGCUGAGGGGACGACGACGACGGUGGAGUGCGCGGUGUGCCUAGGCGAGCUCAGGGACGGCGAGACCGGCCGGGUAUUGCCGCGGUGCGGGCACCGGUUCCACGCCGAGUGCGUGGACAGGUGGUUCCGGUCGCACGUCACCUGUCCGCUCUGCCGCGCCGUGGUGGCGGCCGACGGCGGCUCCGGCAAGUCCCCCAAGGUGCCGCCGGGUCCGGGUGUGUGAGGUUAGAGA